AUGGCUGCAAUUAAUCCCCAGCCGCCCUCCGAAGAGUUAUUGGCGGAGAAAUUGGCUGCUUUGGACACAGUUCCAUUGUUUAUGAAAAGUCUUCCGGAUGACGAUGCUCAAGAUACCACCAUCAGCGCACUGCAAAGCCUGGCUCACGACGGGACACCAGAUGAAAUCGCGCAGAAUUUUAAGGAAUUGGGGAACGAGUACUUCGUUGGCAAACGAUGGCGCGAAGCAGUGGACUUUUAUACUCAAGGUGUCGAUGCUAAACCUACGGAUACCAAGUUACAAGAGGCUCUACUAUGCAAUCGCGCGGCGUGUAAUUUGGAACUAAAGAACUAUGGCUCUGUACUCAAAGAUUGCAAGAAGGCCCUUACGAUCAAUCCCAAAUCAUCGAAAGCAUACUACCGUGCAGCAUCGGCACUUCUAGCUCUAGAUAGGCCAGAAGAAGCCUUAGAGUGUUGCGAAAUGUGCCUCGCGUAUGAUACGAGCAAUGCUGGGAUGAAAGUGCUUUACGAGAAAGUCGUUGAAGCAGUGAAUAUCAAGAAGAAGAAAGAAUGGGAGCGUCAAGAGCGCCUGAGGAAAGAAGGAGAAACUAAGAGAAUAAUGAACAACGCCCUUCGAGCACGAAACUUGAUACCAAUACCGAACCCCGACGGGUCGAGCAACCCAUACGCCCCACACUGGGACCCUGAGGAUCCUACGCAGAGCACAUUGAUUCUGCCUGUAUUCUUCCUUUAUCCGCAACACGCUACGUCAGAUGUCAUUCCAGAGUUUGUGGAAGAUACACCGUUUGCGCUGCAUCUAGAGAACAUGUUCCCUCCGAAAGCACCUUCGCCCGAAUGGGAUCGCAUUGGCGAGUAUGUAGUGGGUAACUUGGUCGUUUACGCUAUCACAUCGCGCAAAAGGUUGUUGAAAGUGGGGAAGAAAAUGUCGCUUCGAGAUGUCUGCACUGCGGCAAAGGCCAAAGAUGGGCCGAUAGAUGGGUUAGAGGUCAAAGACGGUUGCUUGACAUUUGUCGUCCUCCCAAAGGGUAGCGUAGAGCAGAAAUGGGUUGAAGACUUCAAACAGAGUAGAGACCAAUCAUGA